GCCAUCCCUUUUCUUUUUUUGGAGCUGUUUUCUGGACUACGUUCUGCCCGACAUUUGAGGUACUGCAUUCGUGCAGUAAAAGGACCCGCCAGUGUAAAACGUCUGGAAUAAAAUUCUAAUACAACCCUUAACCCGAUUGAGGAGGGAAAAGGAUCACCGCUGCAGCAGCACUGCGAGGGACACCGGCGGCAGACCACUCACUACACGACAUAUAGUGCGGAUAUCCGGGCCAGAGAAAGCGGAGCCAUCGUUCAGUACGGUUUGACAGACCGUUAGGAAUAAAACACCCAAGGAGUCGCGGUAUCAUCCGAUUCAGCAACCAUGCAAGACACCGAGUUCCACAAGGCGGAUUCUGGGGCGUCCACCACCUUCCCCAUGCAAUGCUCAUCCCUGCGCAAAAACGGGCACGUGGUGCUGAAAGGCCGACCCUGCAAGAUCGUUGAGAUGUCCACCUCCAAGACCGGCAAGCACGGCCACGCUAAGGUCCACAUGGUUGGUAUAGAUAUCUUCAAUGGAAAGAAGUACGAGGAUAUCUGUCCAUCCACACACAACAUGGACGUCCCUAACGUCACCAGACUGGAUUACCAGAUGGUUGGGCUGGAAGAUGGCUACAUGUCCUUGCUUAAGGACAACGGAGACCAGAAAGAGGACCUCAAACUGCCCACCAAUGAUCUGGGCAAGGAGAUCCAGAGCAAGUUUGAAGCAGGGGACAGUUUUAUGGUCACCAUUCAGACCGCAAUGGGGGAAGAGGCCGCUGUCGGCACCAAGGUUCUGAACGAAUAAAUGGCAACCGCAGGGGCAGAUAAGAUGGAUGUGAACCUGGGGAGAGGCACUGGGGGGACUGCCUCCCGGCCCACUAAUUCUCCAUUCCUUUAUACUUCCUUGUCUCCUUUACACUUACGCAUAUGACAAUGUCAUGACAGUAAAAACAUUUGUUUCAAUUGGUCCCCGAUUUAUCAAGGGCUCUGAUUAGUUCUGUUUUUGUAUUUUCGUUGGAGUACAUUCGAGUGCACAGCGAUAAACUAAUAUGCCAACCUGCGGAAUCAACAUUGUGUCCUUCAAAGUGGAUGUUGUGUGUUUUUUUGCUUUGCAUUUCUUGUCUUGUUUCUUCACUUGUAUAUCGCCCUGUCUAUUAAAAAUAAACCCACUUGAAACAGCAGAACCAGGUGUCUUUAGAGAUAAACAGCAUGGUGGGUGUUCAAAGCGCGCCUCGUAAAACGUACCGGGCACCCCUCGCACGAGGACCCAGUCAUCAUUAUCGUUAUCUAUUGCUUUGAAACGGCCUUAAAUGGGGCGCGACCGGAACAGGUUGGAGGAAAGACGGGACCACAUUCGUCGAAAAGGAACCAAGUGUGUCCUGAUGUGUUCUAACUUUGUGCUAGGAUUCAUUAGUGAGUGAAGUGUCGUGGCGUUUUGGUAUCCUGACUGUUCGUAGAAAUGUCCCAACUGUGCAGAAUGUCUCCCCAGCCGAAAUUAAAGACCAUGCAAAUUG